AUGUCCUUCAUUGCUUUUGUAGCUGGGGUUGCAGUUGGCGGGCUGCGCUACGGUACCGUCAAGUAUCAGUUGCUCGAACGUGAGAGCAUCGUAAUAUACUCGAUAAACCAGGUAAAGGACAAAUUCAAUGGUGACCAUCUAAAGACGCGUGGAAAAAGGCAUUACGAACCAUUUCACAGUCGUGAGCACGAAUAUUACAAAUACGUACGGGAGGGGUGGAACUCUAAGCUUUGUUUGUUCGCACCAGGCUUUAAUUAA